AGAGCUUUUCCGCCCGCCCGUUGUCGAAACUACCGACGCUAACGGCGACGUCGCGAUGGGCAAUACGGCGGGCACUGAGGAGAACGUGGAGGUGGUCAACAUACCCCUGGCUCAAGAGGACGAGCUGGCAGAUAUCCCGCCCGACAUGAGGGAGGUUGUGGCGGGUGAAAUUGCCGCUUUCCGUGAGCGAAGCAACCAGCGCGAUAUGGAGCGCUUGCAGCGAGAGGAGGAACUCGAGGAGUCAGAACGACGACGAAACGCCCCUGGCCGGUCAAGGCUCGCCUCGCCGCCGAGGAAUUCGAACAAUGUGCCGCUGGGACCUCGAGGCGUUUCCGUGCCCAACGCACCCGCCGGCCCCAAGGGUCAGAACGGGCCGAACCGAGGAGUGUCCUUUGUCAAUGGAGGGAUCAACAACGCCGACGGCACUCUCAGAAGGGAGGACGAGGACACUGACGCCAGCGAUGAGGAGCUCUGGAGGAGACGCGAGGCUGAGCGCAAGGCUGAGGAGGACAAGAUGUACGCCGAAGCCGAGCGGAAAUGGGUCAACAGAGAACGGUCACGACAGGCGGCCCUUGAGCGAGAGCGGGAACGGGAAAGGCAUGAGCUGGAGAACUUUGAACGCAGAAAACAGGAGCAGCUGGACAGGGAGGUUGGAUGGGACGACGACCGCGAGGCCGCCCGUAAGACGCACAUCUACUACCGAGACCACGCCGCCUGGGCAAGGAAACGGGCGGCGGAGCGGAUUGAGGAAGAGGCGCGAGACGAAGCCGACCGGCAGGCCGAGAGAAUCGAGCGGAGCCGUGAGGAGGCCCGACAGGAGCAGGCGCGUGGCAUGGCGGACUCAUUCCUGGACCAGCAGGCUCGGGAGAUGGAGCAACGCGAAGUUGCCGCCGCCGCUGCCGCGCCUCAGCCAUUCAAGCUGUCACUCGGUGCAGCGGUACAGCGAGCACAGGCCUCCCGCGCAGCACCGCAGCGACGCACGAUUGCCGAGGUGGAGGGUCUGCUGGACGACGAGGAGGUCGAGUCCACCAAGCGGCAGCUCGUCCCCAUCCAGAUGGACGCCUCUUCUGGUGCCGCGGGCAUGACGGAAGAGGAGAUUUCACAGGCGGUGCGCGCGUUGGCGCAGGAGAUUCCGUCGGAGAAGGAAGGGCUCUGGGCGUGGGAGGUCAAGUGGGAGUUUAUGGACGACGUGGUGGUGCGCGACAAGCUGCGGCCGUUUGUGGAGAAGAAGAUUGUCGAGUAUCUGGGUGUGCAGGAGGAGAUGCUGGUGGAGGCCGUGGAGGAGCAUCUGCGGAAGCAUGGCUCGGCUGGCGAGUUGGUGGAGGAGCUCGAGGGG